UCCCCUCACCGCCGCCACCAGCAGCACCAGCUGCAGCACCAGCAGCAGAAGAGAAGCGGCGCUCCUGCAGAGCUGCGUAAUCAGGCUGCUCCAGGGCUGAGAGAGGCGCAGCACUUUACUCCUUGAUAAGACUCCGUGGAAGCGGAGCGCAAACCCCCGUCCUGCCCCGCCACACUAUCUCUAUCUCCGCCUGCGAGCUGCUGGACUUCGGGACGCAUCACGGUUAAUGGAGAGACUUGGUGGCUGGGAAAAUACCAAUGGAUUUUUUUUUUUCAAUGACAUUUAUUGUUUUGAUCUGAUUUUGUAGUAACUUUAAAUACGUCUGGAAUACUUUUAAACUUUAUCAACUCGUUUGUUUUUUCGUGGAUAUUCUUGUUAUUUUGUCAAGUUUGGACCCUUUUUUUCUUUCUUUUUUGGUCUUUUAUCAGUGAAAUGUUUUGCUCUUGAGAACAACUUUUGAGCUUUUAGAUAUAGGGUGUAAUCCAGUACGUCAGAGCUGAAGAAGAACAAGUAGCCUAACUUUAUUAUUAUUAUUAUUAUUAUUAUUUGUAAUAAUAAUAAUAAUAAUAAUAAUAAUAAUAAUAAUAAUAAUAAUAAUAAGUGGAGGUUCAUCAUCAGCCAGAAAUGCUCUUCUGAGCCGGCCAGGAGUGCUCCCAUCUCAUCCGUGGACAUCCCCGCUGAAGGACGGCGGAGUGCCCGGUCGCUGGAGGCGAGCCGCCGGUCCGCGGGAGCGCGCUGCCGGGGAGAGGGGCUCCGGCGCGCCGCCAUCAAUGCCCGGUCCGCCGCGGAGGCUCGAGGCUGCGCGGCAACAUGGGCUCGUGGGUGCAGCUGCUGCCGGCGCUGCUGGCGCUGCUGGCGGCGCGGGUGCGGGUCGGCGGAGCCGCGGGGGACGCUCUGCCUGCAGCUCUGGUGGAGCUGGUUAGAAACAGCCCCAUCUCCUCGGUGGAGGAUCUCCAGCUGCUGCUGCUCACUGACUCCGUAGAUGAAGAGGACGGCACUUCUGCAGCUAAUGGAGGUCACAGACUUCCACGGAGCCUUGACGCCCAGCCAGCCCAGCAGGCUCUGUGUAAAGUCCGCACAGAAGUGGUGGAGGUCACCAGGGCGAUGCUGGACCGCAGCAACGCCAACUUCUUGCUGUGGCCUCCAUGUGUGGAGGUGCAGCGAUGCUCCGGCUGCUGCAACACCAAGAGCCUGCACUGCGUUCCCGUUGCCACGCACACCAGAUACUUGCAGGUCAUGAAGAUUGAAUACAUAAACAAGAGACCCACUUACGCCAAAGCCGUGGUGUCUGUUGUGGAUCACGUGGAGUGCAGAUGUCAGCUGGCUCCACGUCCCGUCCCCAGGAAAAAAUCCUCCCGCAGACACCACGGCCACCUGCAUCGAAACGGGACGCUCGGCCAAGAGCAGGUGAAGGUGCACUCCAAAGAUGAACUCCAUCAGCUGGAUGAGCUGAAACAGAACCAGAGGGCCCAUAUGGGGGAGCUGCUAGAGCAGCACUGGACGUCCAGAGGAGACGCCUUCUCCCGGGCCGGAGAAGGCUACAGUCACGUCGGGGAGGAGACGACCCGCACCGGAGAGGACGCCCUCUUCUCUCCUCACUGGACUCCUAACUCCACCAGGCUCUUCGAGACCGAGAAACGGGAGUAUGUGGAGAGGAAAGACGGGGACGUCUCAGAUGACAACCGGAUCGGCGGGGACGGGCUGCCGUUCAACAACACUGAAGGCAGAGCUAGUAAAGAAACCCAAGAUGCACGAACACACGGCCCACUGGAGGAAAAGUUCAGAAGUUCAAAGAGCCAUACAAGCGGACUCUCUCAGCAUGUUUCUGAACAUGCUCAAGUCCAGAUCAGUCCCACCGAGGACACUCUUCUGGAGAGAGUAGGGGGCAGGAUCCGACCUACCAAAGAGCCCAACCCAGACCCUCGCGGGCCGGCGAGACGGAGAGAAAACGAGACUCCGGACGUGGAGAGGAUUUUACAGCUCGAGCAGGAAAAACUGGAAGCAGAGAGAAAAGAGCUUCUACUUCUCCACAAGAGGUUAGACCAAGAGAAGGAAAUACUGCGACAGCAGCAGAUCAAACGAGAAGAGGAGAAAAGGCUGAAAGAUAAGGAGGCAGAUCAUCAACGCCACUCGCAUGGAAAACACCAUCAUCUGCAGACAACAACACAGAAACCAGACACGACGACGUCCACGACAACCACACAGCAGCCAGCCGCUCCAGCAGCGCCCAGAGUCCCAGCUCGCCCAACCCAGAUGAGGAGAAGGCUGAGGAAGAACCGCAAACGGAUCAGCAAGGCAGCUAUGAGGGCGAUGCUCAUGUAGAACUUCAACCAACCCAGGGACAUACAGUGAACAUGGUGUAUCUUGAGGAAGAUCCAGAGAUGAAGCCCCCCCUGUUUAAGUAUUUAUUCUUUUGUCAGUAACCCGCCCGACCCGUGUGAUCUCCUCGGUAACACUACUAAUGACCGUCUGCUGAACCUGUAACGAUUCCUGGAUGGAGUACUGAGAACAGAAUGGAUUAUAAAGAAAAGGACAGACCCUGGGUCUUCGACAGAUGAUGGUAUGAAGUAACAAGUGUCACCCAAAGACUAAGCAGCCCUGCGUGAGGACGGUGCCUGUGGGGGGGGUGAAAAGCAUCGCCGAUCGCUGCAGAACUGUGGAACGUUUGCCGCACGUCUCCGUGGACGCUUGCGUCGAUAUCAGCAGAGUGGAGCUGCACUUCCAUUUCGACAGAACCAAAUCUAUGUGGGGGCUUGAGAUUCGCUGAGAUCCCUGAUUUUGUCACGACCACUGUCAGAUUGAGAGAAAAAGUACAUCUGGUGGAAAAAUUAACUAAAUAUAUGGACAUAAAUGUUGGACUGUAAUUGGAUUAUUUCAGACAAUAAUCAAUAGACUAACGUCAGAAUUUCCACGUGUGAUAUCAUUCAUGAUCAUGGCCUCUCUUUAACCUUUUAUAUUUAAUUAUAUUUAAGUCACUGCAAACACUGGAAUAACAGACAUGAUUAGAAGAGAGAAGCAUCAUUUCUACAUCACUGAGAUUUCUCUGAUUUUCAGAAUCUAUGCACCGAUGUAACGAAACAAAGCGAGCUGUGCUUUGUUUUUUUGUUGUUUUUUUUUUUUUUUUUUAAUUUAUUUGUUUCUACUGUUACUGUGGAUUAACCUUCUAUUCGAAUACUGCAAGUGAGAUGUUGAUGAGAUACAGUAUGUACAACAGAUUUGGUCUGUCCCGGCGGCUGGGAGGUGCAAAGACUGAAGAAAAACAGGCUCCAAAACUUUUGUGACUUCCCAGCGCCGUGCAGCGUUUGGCUCUGUGGAAAAGGAGUGCGUGCAUGUGCAUUUGUUUUAUAUGCCUAAACGUAUGGUGUGUUGACGGGCCUGCCCUCACACCUGCUCCUCUGCCAUGGAAUAGCAAGUUGUUUCCUCUCUGAUAGAGAGAUCUCUCUCUUCCAUAGGUUUGGCUGAGACAAUCAAAUUCCUCGUACAUUCAUUUAAAAGGCAUUUCUGUAAAAAAAAACCCUGGUUCCCUUGGACUCCUUCUCAUUGGGAACAUUUAAAAAAAAUAAAAGGGUUGAAAGAAGUUACUGCUCAAACACAGCGACACGGAGGAACAGUGUUGAUGCUGUUUUGUGUCUAAUAAUCCAUAAUCAGCCAAACAUCUUAAGUUAUUGAAAAUCAAAGCUUAUACAUUUUUCAUGUCAACUUACAACUGUUACUUAUUGUUGUCUGUUUCAUUAUAAAAUUUGGUGAAAAGAAGAAUGUUUGUGAUAACGUUGCCACAUAAUGCUAUUUUCAUAUGGAUAUAAGAAGCUAA